CUACAGAGAGCAGGGAGAAGGGGGAGGAGGACAAGAAAGCAUAAUAAUUCCUUGCCCAACUCCAGCCCCACGCCCAGCACAAAAACAGGUAGGCAAGCCUGCCGAGAACACUCAGAGGGAGUCCUGUGAGCAGCAAACUGGUCGGAGCCUGGAAAAGACUCUGAGAAGUAAAAGAUCAAAGCCUGGUGGGCACCGGCUUCCACUCCCGCUCCAGCCUCCCUCCAUUUCGGCUCCAGCCUCGCACCCACCUCCGGCUCUCAGUCAGCCUGUUUGCAUCCUCCCUCCAGGUUCCUGCCCUGAGCCAGCUCCUACUCCGGGAUUCCGUAACCAGAGCCUCAAGCUAUGGCUGGUCCCUUCUCUCGUCUCCUGUCUGCCCGCCCGGGGCUCAGACUCCUGGCUUUGGCUGGAGCUGGGUCUCUAGCCGCUGGGUUUCUUCUCCGCUCGGAACCUGUUCGAGCCGCCGGCGAACGACGGAGGCUGUAUCCCCCGAGCCAGACAUGCUCCCAGCUGAGUGCACUGGGUCUAGGCCCCCUGUGCCCUCCCUCCAUGGUUACUGGUACCCCCUCCCUAGUGCUGAGUACCCAGACCUCCGAAAGCACAACAACUGCAUGGCCAGUCACCUGACCCCAGCAGUCUAUGCCCGGCUCUGCGACAAGACCACACCCACUGGUUGGACGCUAGAUCAAUGUAUCCAGACUGGCGUGGACAACCCUGGCCACCCCUUCAUCAAGACUGUGGGCAUGGUAGCUGGUGAUGAGGAGACCUAUGAGGUAUUUGCUGAGCUGUUUGACCCUGUGAUCCAAGAGCGACACAAUGGAUAUAACCCCCAGACAAUGAAACAUACCACUGACCUGGAUGCCAGCAAGAUCCGUUCUGGCUACUUCGAUGAGAGGUAUGUAUUGUCCACAAGAGUCAGAACUGGCCGAAGUAUCCGGGGUCUCAGCCUGCCUCCAGCCUGCACCCGGGCAGAGCGACGAGAGGUGGAGCGUGUUGUGGUGGAGGCACUGAAUGGCCUGAAGGGUGACCUGGCUGGACGCUACUAUCGGCUCAGUGAGAUGACAGAGGCUGAGCAGCAGCAGCUAAUUGAUGACCACUUCCUGUUUGAUAAGCCUGUGUCCCCAUUAUUGACCGCAGCAGGAAUGGCGCGAGACUGGCCAGAUGCUCGUGGAAUCUGGCACAACAAUGAGAAGAGCUUCUUGAUCUGGGUGAAUGAGGAGGAUCAUACACGGGUCAUCUCCAUGGAGAAGGGUGGCAACAUGAAGAAAGUGUUUGAAAGAUUCUGCCGAGGCCUCAAAGAGGUGGAGCGGCUGAUCCAGGAGCAUGGCUGGGAGUUUAUGUGGAAUGAGCGUUUGGGAUACAUCUUGACCUGUCCGUCUAACCUAGGCACUGGACUUCGGGCAGGAGUGCACAUCAAACUGCCCCUGCUAAGCAAAGAUAGCCGCUUCCCAAAGAUCCUAGAGAACCUAAGACUCCAAAAACGUGGAACUGGAGGAGUGGACACAGCUGCCACAGGCAGCAUCAUUGACAUCUCUAAUUUGGACCGACUGGGCAAGUCAGAGGUGGAGCUGGUGCAGCUGGUCAUCGAUGGAGUAAACUAUUUGAUUGACUGUGAACGGCGUCUGGAGAGAGGCCAGGAUAUCCGUGUCCCUCCGCCUCUCCCCAACAAGCAUUAACUCCCAUCCCCAGCAGAUGACUCAAGACUCCCAGGACCUCUGCCAUUCUAACAGUGGCCAAUUCUCCUUAUUCUGGAUGCCCCUUUUCCCCCCUCACUCCCUCUGUCCUAGUAAAGACUACUGGCUACGCUCCAGUUGUGUUAUUUCUAAUGGUGGGAUAAGGAGGAACUAGCCUCCAGAAGAAAAAAAAGGCAGUGGGAUUAUUUGUGAUGGAAAGAGACUCCAGAUAUGGCAUGCCAGGAACACUGAUUCUCAGGUGGGUGGAAAGCAUUAGCAUUUUACCCAUAUUCCUCAUCAGCUUCCUGAGGAUAAUUAGAUUGCACUUCCAUUUGCACUUUAUUCAUUAUUACUUAAAAUGUCUUUCCCAACAAUCUCCCUCUCUAAGUGCAGAGACAGGCUCAUAGCAGGUUGCCAAGGAAGUAGAUGGUCAAUGCCAGGGCCCAGGAAGGUUGUGACCAGUCCUGGAGACCCCAGGCUGUGCUUCGACCUAUAAUGAGACAGAGAAUGGAAGGAAUAUCACAGCUCUGCUCCACAGGAGCCACUGAUACUUGGAAACUAUCUACCUGUAGAUCCCUUCACUCCA